ACCGAUAAGUUUUGUUUAUCUUUACGGAGGAUAGCUUUAAACAGAAUAAAAAAACAUGUCGGUUCGGGAAGAUAUUCAAAUCAGCGCUGUGGGAGAGAGAGGAAUAUAUUUCAUCCCGUCAGAAAGUGAAGAAAUCUGUCAAGAACGAGAAGUGGAGAUGAGCUGCGCGCGUCAAAUCGCAUAGUGUUCUACUAGAUAAUAACAUAGUGAAUAAAACCAUGUCAGCUCGGGAGCAGGACCAGCGCACCGCGUCAGGAGACACAAAGGUCUUCUUUAUCCCGUCAGAAAGUGAGGAAAACUGUGAAGAACCGGUAGAAGAUGAUGGUGAUGGUGGUGGUGGUGGUGGUGGCACCACCUUGGUUAUGGUUCAGCAGAAGCGGCUGAGAGAAAUCCUCCACAUGUUCUCUCAAGCUAUCAGGUACGACUCUGUGAAACCCGAGCAGAUCAGCACUUUAGUCGGAUUCAUCCUCCAGAACUUUAAAAAGAACGAGUCUGAGGAUGGGUGUAGUCUCCUGAAGAACGUUGUGGAGGUGGAGGGAUCUGAACUUCUCUGCCCUCAGUGCCAGAGGUUUCUCUGGAAGCCGGUGACAGCACCGUGUGGACAUUCCUUCUGCAAAUCCUGUUUGUUACAGACCUCAGUAUCUAGAUGCAGCAUCUGCACCCAGGAGGUCGGAGGUCAUCUCAAAACCAACGUGCUCCUGUGUACACUGCUGGAGAAGUGGUUUCCACAGGAGGUCCAGAAGUCCAGGAGGAUCUCAGAAGCGGAGGGGUUGUUGAAGAGCAAACGGUUUCACGAAGCGGUUUCGUUGACGACCCAGCUGUUAGAGACGGAUCCCAGUAAUGUGAGGGUGUGGUUGUGCCGAGCAGAAGCGUAUCGGAGUCUGGAGCAGAAUCGGCGAGCUCUGGAGGACUGGGAUUUGUGUGAAAACAUCGCACCGUCACUCGAGGUGUUCUUCUGCAAGGCCACGUUGUUGAAGGAGAUGGGCCGAGUGGACGAAGCCCUCAGACUCUUCCUCCGCUGUCUCUCGGCCGACGAGGACUUCAAGCAGGCGCGGCAGGAAGUGGAAAACAUUCUUCGUGAGAUGUUGUGCCCGGCGUGUGAGAACGUGCAGGCCAGUCUCAAACAAUCCACCCACAAUCCAUCGGCUCACCUGCGCCAGAAAGCUGCCGUAACCCGCCCCGGCGGCGAGCCCGACUCCGCCCAUCCUCCACCUGAGACGGCCGACUGGUCGGAGAGUUCGGAGCGAUCCGGUCUGAGCCGAGCCCAGUCCCUGCACGGUCACGCGGCGGGCGGAGUCAGCGGGGAGGGGCUGAAAAGAGUAAGCUCCGCCCCUCAGCUGGGGGAGAAGGGCGUGCUGCUGAAGAGGAAGCUGUCCAGGUUGGAGACGGGAGCCGGGGUGGUGGACAGCAACGACACCAAGCACAAAAAACCAGGAGUCGUGUGUGGUGGUGCCACUGCUGGAGCUCCUGAGGAUCAAGCCUACCACACUGUUCCGAAAGAUCUGCUGGACCCUACUGACUUUGAAUGUUCACUGUGCAUGAGGUUGUUCUAUGACCCGGUGACGGCUCCGUGUGGACACUCGUUCUGUAAAAACUGCCUGCAGAGGAGUUUAGAUCACAGCCCCCAGUGUCCACUCUGUAAAGAGAGUCUCAAACUGUACCUGGCCUCUAGGAAGUACUCUAUCACGCGUGUGCUCGAUGACAUCAUCAAGCGCUACCUAGCUAAGGAGCACGCGGUGAGACGGAAGGUUCACAACGAUGAAGCUAAAGAGCUUUCAGAUUUAGAGAACAGCGUUCCUGUCUUCGUGUGCACCAUGGCGUAUCCCACUGUUCCCUGUCCGCUGCACGUGUUCGAGCCUCGAUACCGGCUCAUGAUGCGCCGCUGCAUCGAGACGGAGACGCGGCAGUUCGGCAUGUGCAUCAGCGACCCGCAGAAAGGCUUCGCAGAUUUCGGUUGCAUGCUGCACAUCCGCAGCGUGCACUUUCUGCCGGACGGGCGCUCGGUGGUGGAUACGGUCGGAGGGAAGCGGUUCCGCAUCCUCACUCGCGGCAUGAGAGACGGGUACUGCAUCGCUAACAUCGAGUACCUGCAGGACCAGAAAGUGGAAGGUGAGGAGCAGCAGGAGCUCCAGGAUCUGUAUGAUGAGGUUUAUGAACAGGCCAGUGUCUGGUUCCACUCUCUGGAGAACCGAUUCAGGAACCAGAUACUGCAGCACUUCGGAGCCAUGCCUGAGAAAGAGAACGACAUACAGUGGAACCCGAACGGUCCGGCGUGUUGCUGGUGGUUGUUGGCGGUUCUCCCGGUGGAUCCUCGUUAUCAGCUCUCACUGCUCUCCAUGAUCACACUGAAGCAACGACUGGUCAAGAUCCAGCACAUCCUCACCUACCUACAGAACAGCACACACACCUAACACACCUAACACACACACAUCCUCACCUACCUACAGAACAGCACACACACCUAACACACACACACACACACACACACACACACACACACACCCUCACCUACCUACAGAACAGCACACACACCUAAAACACACACACACACACACACACACACACACACACAUCCUCACCUACCUACAGAACAGCACACACACCUAACACACACACACACACACACACAUCCUCACCUACCUACAGAACAGCACACACACCUAACACACACACACACACACACACACACACACACACACACA